UUUGAUCACAAAUUUACUUGGCGUGAACUUGCUGGAUGUAUUUUUAUCAUUAAAUAUACGCCUGUGUCAAAUGUAAUAUGGUUUAUUCUAUGAAAUAGAGUAAAAUUGAGUAGGUUUGUUACUAAAGGACAUUUCAAACCUUAGUUAUAUUAUCAGGCAAGUAAAGGACUGGAGCAAUAAAGAUGAUGAAGUUAUGGUGCAUAAUGAAAAGGAACAGGUUCAGUUUGAUGAGAGCUUUCUUGACCUUAGUUUUCGUUGGAUUUCUACUACGCUUGAUUAAUUACUUUAGGAUUGCAGAUCCUAUAGACUCUGAGAGCUUUGAAAAUGGCAAUGCUAUAAACUAUUAUCCAACUAUUGCAAUAAAUAAGCAACUUGAAGAAUCCCAAAAACAGCACAAUGUGGAACCUUUGAAAGACCCAAUAAAUACUGUAAGCAGCCCAAGAAAGACUAUAGAAAACAUCAAGGAAGAUGCUGUUAAUGACCCACAAAUUGAUAAGCUUGAGGUUGAUAGAAACAUUGGAGGAACUAAUGGUGACAAUGCAGAAACAGGUUUUGACAAUGAAAAAACUGGGCCUGAUGCAGCAACAGGUUUUGAAGAUGCAGGAACUGGCUUUGAAGAUGAUCAGAAACUUGGCCAUCAUAACAGUAGAAAUUUACUCCGGGUUGAUACCACUAAACUAUUGGUGUAUGGCUACAUGCGUGGAGGGACAACUCUCCUGGGUGAUAUAUUUAAGACUGAUCCUGGAGCAAUGUACUGGUUUGAACCUCUGACUGGAUUCUACGAUAACCUGUAUGGAUUACAUUACUAUCUGAACCCAUGGGGUAUAACACAUUAUCCCAAUGGCUCACUCAGAAAUAUCCCAGCAUAUGAGGAAAAGUUUGUAGCAGAAAAACUGGAUAAUCUGUACAGAUGUAAGCUGGAUGAAACCCCCCAAGAGGUGUUCUAUCGUGUUGAAGAUCUCCCUGGAGGUGCCUUAGAAAAACUCCACAAGUGUAUACAAAUCCAUAAUGGUGGUCCAUUUGCUCAAAUGUUCUUUAAUUGUAAAAAGCACUUGUCUGAAACUUGCUCACACACAUUUCAAUUUGUAUCAAAAUUUGAACAAAAAUGUUUAAAUCCAUAUCUGAAUAUAGGAAAUCCUGGGACUACUGCUUACCUCAGUGAUCAAUAUGAACAGCAUGAAUCGUGUAUGAACAAUUUAAAGCCUUACUUACAACGGUGCAUGCAUUUGGUUCAAGCACCAUGUAAUAAGAGUUCACUAAGGGUUGUGAAAGCAUUGAGGAUGACGCUAAAAGGGAUUAAAGGACUGAUGCAAAGGGACUCAGAUAUCAAGAUGGUGCACUACUUCAGAGAUCCAAGGGCAAUUCUAGCCUCUAGGAAUUCACUCGGAGGAUUACAGAUGGAUAAAAACCUAACAUUUGCUGCCAAGGCACUGUGUGAUAAGAUGGAAAUGGACUACAUAUCAUAUAACUCACUUACAUCUGAAGAACAAAAACGCACACUACAACUUAAAUAUGAAGAUCUGAUCCUUGAACCAACUGAUACGCUCCAUAAAUUAUAUGACUUCAUUGAGAGAGAUUUGCCUGAUGAGACUCUAACAUGGUUAAAGGAGAGAAUGAAUUGUAAGGGGCAUGAGAAUGCAUAUUCAACUUGUAGAAGUAAUGCCAGAAUGACAGCCUUUGCAUGGAGGACAAAACUUGGCAACAAUGUAAUCAAGGAGAUAAAUGAUGUUUGUGGUUCACUGUUAACAUUAUUAAAUUACCCAAUUACAUUUUAAACAAUUACAUGUAAAUAGUAAUCAACCACCUAUAAGAGGGCAGUGGGAAUUAAAUUGAG